UUUAAAUUUGUGGCAUUUAUAGUAAUUUAUCUCAAUUUUUUUGUUACUGUUGUCUUUCAAAGUUAUCGGCGCCAUCUUGAAAAGUAACYGCGCCUCUGAAACAAAGGAAGAGGACAGACAGCUAUGUAAUGGAUGRUGCUGCAGCUACUCCCGACAAACCCGCCGUCAGUCUUUUUUGUCCGUCGUGCAGCCAAGUAAUCCAACAACCUCGCAUCCUACCGUGCCUGCAUACCCUCUGUACAGCGUGCAUCUACAAACAUCUCAAUGGCCACUACAAAUGUCCGGUAUGUAACGAAUCGACCAAUGGGAUUUUCUCUCCACGAGACAUUGAUCGACUUCCUGUUGAUAGCCUUCUUGAGAGUGUUCUAGAUAUGGUUGCAUUGCAUGGYGGGAAAGAUAUCCAAUGCGACAUCUGCGAUGAGAGYGAAAGCUCGUCAGCGGUUUCUCGUUGCAUGACAUGUGCAUUGUAUCUAUGCUCGAUUCAUUGCGACGCGCAUAAAACUGCAAAACACUCCAAGGGGCAUGAAGUAAUUGAAAUAUCUCAAUUGCGGAAGUACCCUCUUAAGAAUUUAAGACGCCCCUUGUAUUGUGUGGACCAUGGUGAAGAGUUCUUGAGUUCAUAUUGCGAAACGUGUGACAAACCAGUUUGUAAACACUGCUGCUCGCAAAAUAAARWSMASCACCAGCACAUUACUUUAGACCAGGCUAUUYACAAAUACAAUUCUGAGGUGAAAAGUCUGCUUCAAAACGCUCAAAGAAUGUCAAAAUCGAUUGAGCAAACGUUGUCAGACAUUGAMUUAGUUGUURGUAACGUCCACAGUAAAGCGAAAARCAUCAUGGGAGAGAUUGACGUCAUAUUUGAUUACCAAAUCAAUUCUUUGCUUAAACGUAAAAAAGAUCUUCGUAACCAGUUACAAGAUAUACGUAAGACGAAAACGCAAGCUCUUCGUGAGCAACAAGAAAGGUUGAAAUCUUCACUUGUUAAACUAAGACACGCGUGUAAAUUCACGGACAUUUUAUUAACGACAAGCMUCAGCCACCAAAAUGCUUCCAGCCUUGUCCUAAAGAGUUUGCUUUCAUCACGGCUUUUGUCUUUCCUCAAUAACGAAUCCUUUCUCCUGCAACCCRCCGAAGACAGUUUCUUAGAAAUCCUUUUUGACGACUCGCUACUUCAUCACGCGAUUGAAACAUUYGGGAGACUGGGAACUAGGCAUGUCAGCCCUCCACAAUGCAUUGCGCGAGGUGCUGGAAUACAAUWUGCUUUUGUUGGAGAGAYGACAACAUUUGUACUUUUCUUGGUSGACCAAAAUGGAAAUAACCUCUCGACAUCAAGGGAUGAGCUGACGAUAGAUAUUUCAACCUAUGACGGUAAGAAGGUUGAUGUUGACAUGACCGAAAAGACUGAUGGGACAUAUGAGGUGUCAUACAGACCGUUGUGUCCUGGGACAUUAACUAYUGCAAUCAGGGUGCUAGGCGAAGAAAUCAAAGGCAGUCCGUUUCAUGUKAAAGUCAGUAACGAAAUGAAAAAGUCCUGGAUCUAGCUAACGAUAGAAAUAGUUUCUUAAGUUCCCUGCGGCAWCUUGAAAAAUAGCGARAUGAGRUACGAGGUGAGCUUGAAAUGAUUCAUACCAGUGAAUAAGUGUCUGUUAGGUGUGAAUAAAAAAAUUUGUAAUCAUUGCACGCUCAACGUUCGUUUCGCUUGAUGCAAAUGUAAAGGCACGGUUACUUUCAAGAUGGCGAAGGGAAUGUUUGGAACAUUUUAAUGUUAAGUCACAUUUAAAAAUCCAAAAGACACAACUGAGAGGCUUUUUCAAUAGGAGCCGACGGGCUCCUGGGAGAAAUAUAUCUGUUCUUAUGUCCCAGCCAGCUGUAAGUCACAACAGCUGGUUGUCAGGAAGGAAAAUCGCGAAUACCCUUUUUUAUUAAAAAAUACUCAAGUACUUAAACGGCCGUAAGAGAGAGUUUUUUCCCAAUUAAAAAUUCUAGUUCUAAAUCACUUUCCCAGGAGAAAAAUCGUAUAAGAACAGUUAUUUAGAGGAAAAGACCUGGUCGGCUUCUCCUGACUUUUUAUUACACUCUUGCGAGAUAUUUGACUUCCUGCUAACCCGAGAACACUUUGUAAUAAAUGUUACAAACAAAGAUGUAAGCAAUAUCACUUUUAUUAGACAUAACAUUGCACAUUUGAUCGUGAAAAGAUCUAAUUAUUCUUUCAACACUAAUGCUUCAAGUUGCCCUGCAGACAACUUUUCAGUCAAGCACUAAUUAAAAUCAUCGCAGUUUCUGACAUUCUUAGUGCAAUGGUAACUGAGCAACAAGGAUUUUGGUGGCCAAAUACUUGAAGCCUUUCUCAGUCGCACUUUCGUGAUUAUACAGCCAUCCAAUCAGAAUCAAGGGGGUAAUAUAUUAAUAUCAGUCAUAAUUGAAACAGCUAUUUCUCCUUUUGCUGCACUUUCAGAACAUUCKGCUUGCAAUUAGUACAUGUAUAUGGGAUCAUUGUGGACACUAAGAAUACUUUUAAUCCAUUUAGCUAGAGUUAUAACCUGCGAGAAGUUAAGACAGCUUAUUGUGGAAAGCUUUCAAUAAUAUUCCAUUUGAUUAACGGAUACUGUUAAAAAAUUAUUCGGCUGAACUAGACAGGUCUGAUAAUAGAAUUCUCUUUGAGGUUGCCCCGUUAAUUCUGGCUUUAAUUAGAAAGCGGAAUAAGCGUC